UUUUGGUCAGGUUUCACGUAUACCAGACUGGACUAUGUAUCAAGGCUGACCUUGAAUUUUUGAUCCUCUUGCCUCUACCUUCAGAGUACUAGGAUUUGAAGCAUGUGCUACCACGCCUGGCGAUUUUCAUCUUUUUAAAAACUGGAUUUUCUUUUUAUAUUAAAACGUCUCCUAACAAAAUGGAGUAGCUGGCGCUGCCGAGAGGCCAGAGAAUGAUUGUGCAGCUGAGUUCUUCCAACAAAUGCCAAAGAUUUUCUCUCUCGUGGUUCGCUGCAGCCAAAUGAAACAAUUAUCCGAGGCAAGAAGGCGGUUUGUUAAUCAAGAGGGCUAAGUCGCCUUAAAUUUUUUUAAAAAAGUGCUCCAGCUGGGGAAGGGGAAAGAGAGGGUCGUGUACUAUGUCUUUUUAACCUUGCUGAAGGACGCAGCACUAUUUAUUGACGUAUGCAAAUAACUGGGGGAGGGUGGUGCUUGGGAAAAAACAGGAACCAGAAUCAGUUUCUCAUUGCAGGGUGAACGCUCUGAGUUCCGGUGAAGGGGAAAGAGACGUGGCGAAAUUGCUGUCUUUCUGUCUUAUAAGCACAUCUCUCACUAACACAGAAAAGGGACCGAGACGUCAGAAAGGGUGAAGACGCUCUCACAGUAUUUUUAGAGACCUUGCUCGAGCCCUACCCCCACCCCCAGCCCGACCUGCUCUUCUAAAUGCGAGAUUAUGGAUUUGCAUUGCAAUUGGCUAGUGGCUGUGGCACUGGAUUUUCGCAAGUAAAACACCCGCCCGCUUCAGUGAGGGGCAUUCAUGAUCAUACUGACAAUAACGCAUCUCUCUUUCUUCCCGUUUCAGCUGCGCAAACCAUGCAGGAUGAUUUACUGAUGGACAAAAGCAAAACCCAGCCCCAGUCUCAGCAGCAGCAGCAGCGGCAGCAGCAGCAGCAGCAGCAGCAGCAGCAACAGCUCCAGCCUGAGCCCGGCGCAGCCGAAGCCCCGUCCACGCCCCUCUCCUCAGAGACCCCCAAGCCCGAAGAUAGUAGUGCAGUGCCGGCCCUCAGCCCCGCCUCUGCCCCGCCAGCUCCCAACGGCCCGGACAAGAUGCAGAUGGAGUCGCCGCUCCUGCCGGGCUUGAGUUUCCAUCAGCCCCCUCAGCAGCCACCGCCGCCGCCACAGGAGCCCACGGCGCCGGGAGCGUCGCUGUCGCCGUCCUUCGGCAGCACCUGGUCCACCGGCACGACGAACGCAGUGGAGGACAGCUUCUUCCAGGGGAUCACCCCAGUCAACGGGACCAUGCUCUUCCAAAACUUCCCGCACCACGUCAACCCGGUCUUCGGAGGCACAUUCUCGCCGCAGAUAGGCCUGGCGCAGACCCAGCACCACCAGCAGCCGCCGCCGCCCGCGCCGCAGCCGCCGCAGCCCGCGCAGCCCCCGCAGCCCCCGCAGGCGCAGCCCUCGCAGCAACGCCGCUCGCCCGCCAGCCCCAGCCAGGCGCCCUAUGCGCAGAGGAGCGCCGCCGCCUACGGCCACCAGCCCAUCAUGACCAGCAAGCCGUCCUCAUCCUCGGCCGCUGCGGCCGCUGCUGCCGCAGCUGCCGCCUCCUCGGCCUCGUCCAGCUGGAACACGCACCAAAGCGUGAACGCUGCCUGGAGUGCCCCGUCCAACCCGUGGGGUGGCCUGCAGGCGGGCCGGGACCCUCGCCGCGCGGUCGGCGUGGGCGUGGGCGUGGGUGUCGGGGUACCCUCCCCGCUUAACCCCAUCUCGCCGCUCAAAAAGCCCUUCUCCAGCAAUGUGAUCGCGCCACCCAAGUUCCCUCGUGCGGCCCCGCUCACCUCCAAGUCCUGGAUGGAGGAUAAUGCCUUCCGGACCGAUAAUGGUAACAAUCUGUUGCCUUUUCAGGACCGGAGUAGGCCAUAUGACACUUUUAACUUGCACUCCUUGGAGAACUCCUUAAUGGAUAUGAUAAGGACUGAUCAUGAGCCUCUGAAAGGUAAACACUACCCUCCCAGUGGCCCACCAAUGAGUUUCGCUGAUAUAAUGUGGAGGAAUCAUUUUGCAGGACGCAUGGGAAUAAAUUUCCACCAUCCAGGAACAGAUAACAUUAUGGCACUUAACACCAGGAGCUAUGGGCGGAGACGAGGUCGGUCUUCUCUCUUUCCCUUUGAAGACGCCUUCUUGGAUGACAGCCAUGGCGAUCAGGCCUUAUCAUCUGGCUUAAGUUCUCCCACUCGAUGUCAAAAUGGGGAGCGAGUGGAACGCUACUCUAGGAAGGUGUUUGUUGGAGGCCUUCCUCCUGACAUCGACGAAGAUGAGAUCACUGCCAGCUUUCGCAGGUUUGGACCUCUUGUGGUGGACUGGCCUCAUAAAGCAGAGAGCAAGUCGUACUUCCCUCCUAAAGGCUACGCCUUCCUGCUGUUCCAGGAGGAGAGCUCGGUGCAAGCUUUGAUAGAUGCCUGCCUAGAAGAGGACGGGAAACUGUACCUGUGUGUGUCCAGCCCCACCAUCAAGGACAAACCGGUGCAAAUUCGACCGUGGAACCUAAGUGACAGUGACUUUGUAAUGGAUGGUUCUCAGCCUUUGGACCCCAGAAAAACUAUCUUUGUUGGGGGAGUUCCACGACCCCUUCGAGCUGUUGAACUGGCAAUGAUAAUGGACCGUUUGUACGGUGGUGUUUGCUAUGCUGGCAUUGAUACAGACCCGGAGCUGAAGUACCCCAAAGGCGCCGGGCGGGUGGCGUUCUCCAAUCAGCAGAGUUACAUCGCAGCCAUCAGUGCACGUUUUGUGCAGCUUCAGCACAACGACAUUGACAAACGGGUGGAAGUGAAACCCUAUGUGCUGGAUGACCAGAUGUGUGAUGAGUGCCAGGGCACACGCUGCGGUGGGAAGUUUGCCCCCUUCUUCUGUGCCAACGUCACCUGUCUGCAGUACUACUGUGAAUACUGCUGGGCCAGCAUCCACUCCCGAGCUGGCCGCGAGUUCCACAAACCGCUGGUGAAGGAGGGAGGCGACCGCCCUCGGCACGUCCCGUUCCGCUGGAGCUGAGCCCCCCGGCAACCCAGCUACAAGUACUGGCGUAGAUCACAAGGAGGAAGAGAGGGCACUGCCUCAGGGCUCACGGUGUUCUGGAAAUCUGUGCAUUCGUUCUCGAUUUUUAAAGAAGAAAUGGGUCUUUUUAUUAUUAUUAUUAUUAUCAUUUACAGUCAUAUUACUGAACUCAGCGUCCAGUAUAAUGCAGAGUCGCAGAGUGUGUAACGGUACCCAUUUGCACUUUGACUUACACCUUGUCUGCUUGGUACCUUGGUUUCUUACACCUGAUCUGUCACCUCCACAGUACGUAGACUGCCAUUCUCAUCAGCAGCUGUCAGGUUGAUGUCUGUGACUCUGUGUUUGAUGUUGUGUUGUUGUCGCUCUGACUGGUCUUGAACUGGAGCACGCGCUUAUCUUCAGAGACUUAGAGAGUCGCCCCUAGGACAAGACUUACCAAAGGCCACGCGUGUAGGUGGAGGCCGAUGUAGCAAACACUUUACAAUCAGCAAGCAGUGGUGGGGUCGUAGAGUCAGGAUGGCCCUUAAUGAAAAUAAGCCUGUAGUUGCUAUGUACUUUGACGUGUACGGAUACCUCACAAGCUGGAUCUUUAGUUUUCCUUCAUGUUUGAUUUUUGUUUUGCUGAGGAUUCGGGUUAGAUAUUUUAGUGUUAUGUAAAUUUAUGCUGCAAUAGCUUUUGCUGCUAUUAAAAUGGUAUUGUUGAUACCAUAAUACUCUAUUCAGGCUAAGGUAUCAAUUAAAAACAAGAACCCAACAACACACUUUGGUGGUUUAGGGAUAGAGCCAGCUGCCAGAGGAAGAUCAUAAGAAGAGAGAGAG